AUGAGAGCGCAUCGCAUGGGACGCCAGUGGGAACAAUCAUCAUUUGCCCUGACCUUCAGAUGUCUCCGCUUCACGGGUAGAGACCGUAUCCUUAAGGAGUCCAGAAAGAACCCAGUGGAGAUCGCCGGCUGUACCAUCAUCUUCACCGUGGAUCUCAGUGACCAUAUGCUGAAGCUCAGCUUUCCUGCUAACCAGUGA